GCAACGACCCUUAUCCGAACUCCCCCCUAUUUCUCACUCUUCCCCUCGUCAAGUGUGCCCAUCCACAACUGUUUCUCUCUCUCUCUCUCUCUCUCUCUCUUCCUCUACGACUCUACCUGAAUACCUACACGUCUUUUCAAACUUUUAUUCGAGAGUUGAUAUACUCCAUUAUUACAUACAUAUACUUCUAUGAGUAUAUAUGCAUAAUUAUACAUACACGCGCACGAAAGGUUGACAACUUUUCCCUCUCAGUUAGUAUUUGGAGAUUGAUAAACCGAGCUACAUCGAUGGAUUCAACGGCUCACCGACGACUGAAAGCAAUUCAAGGCCAUCUCCUUCCCUCCACAGAAGAUCCCAGCGACCAGAUUCAAACAAACCAGACCGCCGGAGAGUUCUCUAUUGGUCAGACAUACAGUGUAAUUCUACCAGAAAAGUUGCAGACAGGAAAAUGGAAUGUGUACAGAUCUGCUCGUUCUCCAUUGAAGCUUGUCACUAGAUUCCCAAAUCAUCCUGAAAUUGGCACAUUGCACGAUAACUUUGUGCAUGCAGUUGAAACUUUCCAAGACUACAAAUUCUUGGGUACGCGUCUUCGGAUUGAUGGAACAGUUGGAGAGUACAAAUGGCUGACAUAUGGCGAGGCAGGAUCUGCCAGGUCAGCCGUAGGUUCUGGCCUUUGGUGUCAUGGAUUGUCAAAAGGAGCUCGGGUUGGACUUUAUUUUGUUAAUACACCAGAGUGGCUGAUUGUGGACCAUGCCUGCUCAGCAUAUUCAUAUAUUUCAGUCCCUUUAUAUGACACUCUUGGUCCAGAUGCUGUCAAGUAUAUUGUGAAUCAUGGAGAUAUACAGGCUAUUUUUUGUGUGCCGAAUACACUGAGUGCUUUAUUGAGCUUCUUAUCUGAGAUUCCAUCUGUAUGCUUAAUAGUGGUUGUGGGAGGGAUAGAUGAACACCUGCCGUCACUUCCAUUGACAUGUGGUGUUAAGCUUAUAUCUUAUUCACAGUUGCUUAGUCAGGGCCGUAGUAGUCUUCAACCUUUUUGUCCUCCCAAGCCUGAGGAUGUUGCAACUAUAUGCUACACAAGUGGUACUACAGGGACACCCAAGGGAGUCGUGUUGACCCAUGGAAACCUGAUCGCGAGUGCUGCUGGCAUGAGUCUUUCAAUCAAAUUCAAUUCCGAGGACAUUUACAUAUCCUAUCUUCCUUUGGCGCACAUCUAUGAACGAGCUAACCAAGUUUUGUCUCUAUAUUAUGGUGUUGCUGUUGGUUUUUACCAAGGGGACAAUUUGAAACUGAUGGAUGAUUUGGCUGCUUUAAGACCAACACUAUUUUGCAGUGUUCCCCGCUUGUACAACAGAAUAUAUGCUGGGAUAAUAAAUGCUGUAAAAUCUUCUGGAGCUUUAAGGGAGAGGCUAUUUAAUGUUGCUUACCACUCCAAGAAGCAAGCAAUAAUGAGCGACCGGAGGUCAUCGCCAAUGUGGGACAGGUUGGUAUUCAACAAAAUUAAAGCAAAACUUGGUGGACGAGUCCGUUUUAUGGGAUCUGGUGCUUCGCCUUUGUCUCCUGAUGUCAUGGAGUUUCUAAGGAUAUGCUUUGGCUGUUCCAUCAUUGAAGGAUAUGGGAUGACUGAGACUUCUUGUGUUAUUACCAUUAUGGAGGAUGGUGACAAUUUGACUGGGCAUGUUGGCUCUCCAAAUCCUGCAUGUGAAGUAAAGCUUGUGGAUGUUCCAGAAAUGAAUUACACCUCUGAGGAUCAGCCCUUCCCUCGUGGAGAAAUUUGUGUCAGGGGGCCGAUUGUUUUCCAAGGCUACUUCAAGGAUGAUAUGCAGACGAGGGAAGUAAUGGAUGAUGAUAGUUGGGUGCAUACAGGAGACAUUGGAUUAUGGUUACCUGGUGGUCGCCUAAGGAUUGUUGAUAGGAAAAAGAACAUAUUUAAGUUAGCACAGGGCGAGUAUAUAGCACCAGAGAAGGUUGAGAAUGUAUAUGCGAAGUGCAGAUUUGUCUCGCAAUGUUUUAUAUAUGGUGAUAGUUUGAAUUCAUGUCUAGUAGCUGUGGUGUCUGUUGACCCAGAUAUUUUGAAGGAUUGGGCUGCUUCUGAAGGUAUCAAGUAUGAAGAUUUAGGACAACUAUGUAAUGACCGAAGAGCAAGGGCUGCUGUUCUUGCUGACAUGGAUGCUGUCGGAAGGGAAUCUCAGUUGAGAGGUUUUGAAUUUGCAAAAGCUGUUACUUUGGUGCUUGAACCAUUCACUUUGGAGAAUGGUCUUCUCACUCCGACAUUCAAGAUCAAGAGGCCUCAAGCGAAGGCAUACUUUGCCAAAGCAAUAGCAGAUAUGUACGCUGAGAUUUCUACUUCCGAUCCAAUGCCGGCCCAAUAAAUGUCGCGCCUAAAGGUCAUAUGUGGAGGGGGAAAAGGAUUUCCUUCAAUAGCGUGGAUCUGUUAUUCCUUCCGCCUCCCACUUAUUGAAGUUACUGAUAUGAUAAAGCUCCUGGAGAUGAAAGUAUGAAACUAGUUGUUCAUUGGUCUUCUUGUGGCAUGUUCUACUCAUUUGUGAUUUGUUUAUCCUCAUGUUUGGCUCCAACUUUUAUUGCGGUUCCAAAUCUGUCGGUUACGUAGUAUGAAUCUGUAACCAGUGGCGGACGCAUGAUUUGUGUCUAUUAGGGCCCAAACCACAUGUAUUUUAUAUAGAUAAUAAAAAAUAUAUUUCAUUAAAA